AUGAAUGCUCAAGACAAUAACUGGGCUGUUAAUGAUGCAAUUACUACUCCAUCCAAACCUCCCCAGCUUACUAAGCCAAUGCACAAGUUGGAAAUGGCUGAAAAUACAUCAAACACCAAACAGUGGAGAAAAUCAAACCUGUUCUUGGAAAUACCAAGCAGAUCAUUGGAAGUAUCUCGUCAAGAAUUCGUUCAAAUAACGAUGCCAUCAUCCACACCAACUCCCACUCCCAAGAGAGUGAACUUCCUCCUAACACCUAGUCCUUGUGAUUCAAGACCAUAUGGAUCACCCCAACCUUCCUCUGCCCGAGGCCUGCCUUCCAUCCGGAGCCUCCUGCCAAAGGGCUUCAAGCAACGAGCUUCCACUUCAGAGACUGAUAAGGCAGCCAACAAUGAUCCAGUCUCUUCAAAUGUCACAGGUGGUUCACAAGAUAAGCCAUCAAUGUCAAGAUCAUGGUCAUUUUCAACAAUGUUUACUCCUAGGGCGAAGAGGGCAUGCUCGUUGCCAGUAACCUCGGUAGCAAAUUCAAAUCCUGCCUCUUGCCCUGCUGCACCUGAUGAUGCAAAAGGAGUUAGGCGCAUGUCGAGGUCACUUUCUGUCCCGGUGAUGAGAAAAGAAAAGGUCACACGGAAAAUGGAUUCAUUCUUUCGUAUUAUCCCAUCCACACCUAGGCUAAGCAAGGAUGGCCAACCUCAACUACCAAGUGCAGAUGAUGGUAACAGUGGUGAAGAUAUACCAGAAGUGGAGGCUGUUUGUAGGAUUUGCUUGGUUGAAUUACGUGAAGGUGGAGAGACCCUUAAAAUGGAAUGCGGCUGCAAAGGCGAACUAGCUCUGGCCCAUCAAGAAUGUGCAGUUAAAUGGUUUGCCCUCAAAGGGAACAAGACCUGUGAAGUUUGCAAGAAUGAAGUUACAAACCUACCUGUCACACUUCUUCGUAUCCAAAGCUGUAUAAAUCGCACUGCACCCCUCAAUAGCUAUUCGGAUUUGGAGAUCAACGGGGUUUGGCAUGAAGUGCCAGUUCUCGUAAUUGUGAGCAUGUUGGCCUACUUCUGUUUUCUUGAGCAGCUUUUGGUUGGCAAAAUGGGUAGCAGUGCAAUCGCCAUAUCACUUCCAUUUUCGUGUGUACUCGGCCUCCUUGCAUCCAUGACGUCUUCAACUAUGGUGAAGAGGAGAUUCGUUUGGGUAUAUGCAUCGAUGCAGUUCUCCCUCGUGGUUCUCUUCGCUCUUGUUUUCUACAACUUGGUUCAUGUGCAAGCAGUUAUGGCAAUUCUACUGUCCACGUUUGCUGGAUUUGGUGGGGCGAUGAGUGGCAGUUCGAUCAUCGUUGAGGUGAUGAGAUGGAAAAGGAGAGGAGAAGUUGCGGAAUAAUGUAGGUGAUGAGAUGAUGGUGCAUCCAAGUCAGCGCCGUCGCCAGCGUGGAGGCGAGGCAGAGAAUCCAGAAACGGCUUUAGUAGGAUAUGAGGUUUUGGUCCAAGUUAGAGAUGAUUUUUGAUAUGCUGGGUUUGAAGAAUGUGGAAAUGAAGAAUUUUGUAUGAGUAGUGUAGAUUGAGAGUUUGAUCAUGGCUGGCUGUUUCUUGCUGUUGCAACAGUCUUUGAAUUGUGUUUUGGACAGUUGAUUA